AUGGACAAGUUUCGGAUGAUCUUCCAGUUCUUCCAGUCCAACCAGGAGUCCUUCAUGAAUGGCAUCUGUGGGAUCAUGGCCCUCGCGAGCACCCAGAUGUACUCAGCCUUUGAUUUCAACUGCCCCUGCCUGCCACACUACAACAUGGCCUAUGGGCUGGGCAUCCUCCUGGUGCCCCCAUUCAUCCUGUUCCUGCUGGGCUUUGUGCUGAACAACAACAUCUCCAUGCUGGCAGAGGAGUGGAGGCGUCCACAGGGCCAGCGAGGGAAGGACCCUGCGGUCCUGCGCUACAUGUUCUGCUCCAUGGCACAGCGGGCCAUGAUCGCCCCCGCCGUCUGGGUCUCGGUGACACUGCUGGAUGGCAAGUGCAUCACCUGUGCCUUCUGCACCUCUGUGCCCGUGGAGACCCUGGGCAACACCAGCCACCCCCUCCUCUCCCAAGGGGAGAUACAGCGGGUCCUCGCCCGAAUCCCCUGCAAGGAGAUCUACAAUGGACAGGAGCUCAUUGCCAACGAAGUGGCCGUCAGGUACCUGCGCUGCAUCUCACAGGCCCUGGGCUGGUGCUUUAUGCUGCUGAUGACCACGCUGGCUUUCUUGGUCAGAUCUCUUCGGCCCUGCUUCAGCCAGGCCGCCUUCCUGAAGAGCAGAUACUGGUCCCACUACAUCGACAUCGAGCGCAAGCUGUUCGACGAGACAUGUGCGGAGCAUGCCAGGAGCUUUGCCAAGGUCUGCAUCCAGCAGUUCUUUGAGAGCAUGAGCACGGACCUGGUGGCUGCUCGCUGCCAGCUGCCCAAGAAAACCCCUGAGGAUGCUGGGGAAGCUUCCAAGAAGCUCUUGGGCAUCACUGACCAGGGCACCAUGAACAUGGCCCUGAAGAGCUGGCACAGAUGCAAGCCCCCGUUACACCUUCACCCACCUGCCCUCCCCAGUGGAAACGGCCGGGCAGGAGGGCAGCCCCCUGUGCACUCCUGCACACCCCAAAGGGAGACAGCUGCCUACUACAGCUUGGUUCGGGAGAUCAUCAAAAGUCUGGCAGCGACGCUGACAAUAAUUGCCUCUGUGGGAGGAGAGCCAGCACAGCCCCUCACAGUAGCACACUCCUCCUCUCAUCCCUGGGACGAGAUGGCCGCCCUCAUUGCUGAGAACUUCCGCUUCCUCUCCUUGUUCUUCAAGAGCAAAGAUGUGAUGAUCUUCAAUGGUUUGGUGGCCCUGGGCACAGUGGGGAGUGAGGAGCUCUUCUCGGUCGUUGCCUUCCAUUGCCCCUGCUCCCCUGCCCGCAACUACAUCUACGGGCUGGCUGCCAUUGGUGUCCCAGCCCUGGCCCUCUUCCUCAUUGGUGUCAUCUGGAACAACCACACCUGGAACCUGGUGGCUGAGUGCCACAAGCGUGGAGUCAAGAACUUCUCUGCCGCUGCCACCUUCCUGCUCUUCGGCUCCAUCAUGGGCCGGGCAGCUGUGGCACCCGUCACCUGGUCGGUCAUUUCCCUGCUGAGAGGGGAAGCUUACAUCUGUGCCCUCAGUGAAUUUGUCAAGCCAUCCUCCCUGGACAAGUUUCCACCUGAGUACGGGGCUGAGGUGCUGGCCAGGUUUCCCUGUAGAGAUGUACCGGCAAACCUCACCAAGUUCAGGGACGAGGUGACACGGAGGCUGAGAUACGAGUCCCAGCUCUUUGGCUGGCUGCUCAUUGGCAUCGUCGCAGUCCUGGUUUUCCUCACCAAGUGCCUGAAGCACUGCUGCUCGCCACUGAGCUACCGGCAGGAGGCUUACUGGGCCCAGUACCGCUCCAAUGAGGACAAGCUCUUCCGACGCACAGCCGAGGUCCACUCCAGGAUCCUGGCAGCCAAGAAUGUGAAGCACUUCUUUGGCUUCGUGGCGCUGGACAAGGAGGAAAAGGAGCUGGUGCAGGAGUUCCCGGUGGAGGGCGUCCAGCCGAGCCCCCAGUGGAAUGCCAUCACAGGUGUCUACAUCUACCGGGAGAACAAGGGCUUCCCUCUCUAUAGCCGGCUCCACAAAUGGGCCAAAGGAGUGGAAGGGAAUGGGCCAACCCCAGAAGGCCAUGAACUGCUCUUUUUGGCUUCCUAAGACAGAUGGGCGCUGGCAGCAGUUCCCCAGACUGCCUGGCAGGCCUUCUUUAUCAGCGCACAGUGAGGGAUUCACUGGGAACAUUCCUCCGGGCAGGAUUAUUUCUCCCAGUAGGCAAACAGGGAUCAACAGCCUUAAGGUAGAGAGUAAUAAGCAAUACACUGAGCUGGGGAACCCCUCCCUCAGAGACAACAGUCUUGCUGCUGUUCCCAGAGACACAGCUGAACACAGAGCAGAUGCAGCCCUCACCUCCAGGCUGCCAGUGCACCCCAUCUGAUGCACCAGCAGAAGCCUUCGGGAGUGAGAGAUGGUCACAACAUUUCUCACUGUGACUCCUGCAGUCUCACUUGCCUCCCCCGUGGCAGUUAGCCCCAGCCAUCCCACACAUCUACUUGUUUUAUCAACGCUGGUAUCUUCUUACCGCAGUUGUGCAAUGCCAGUUACACAGGCAGGCCCAGAGCACUUUACAGACUUUACAGUACAGGGAAAAGAGGGAAAUGGUAAACUCCUGUGGAAAGGGGGAUGCAAUAUCAUCUGGGAAGGAAUGGAUCAGUAAUAUAGCCACACACCAAAUAACUGAAAGACUAAGGCAGGAGGAACCACUGAUAUUCCUGGUAUUCAGAAAGGCACUCUGUAAUUAUUAAGUUGAAAUUUGGGUAGGACACCAAACUCCCUUUGUUCUUACUGAAGUGCCUAACAAUCACUAAUGAGCCCAAAUGGUCACCCCCAUUUUAUAAACCCAGAGGAGGCACCAUCAGCAGAAUAGUUUUCGGGUGAGGUGGAGGCUGAGAGGAAUCGCUACAGUGAGCCACACCACUGUCUGCAGCUCACUGAAUUUCUCAUCCAAUCAUUGGAUAAAUUGUCUUUUUUUGGGUUGCAAGUUGCAGGAUGACCUCAACCAGAAUUAGUUUUACAUAUAUGUAAAAUAAACAUAUACAUAUGUGUAAAAUAAACAUAAACAUGGUGUGUAUACUACAUAACUGUAGUUAGUUAGUUGUAUUAAUGGAGCAUCUUUCUUGGAAGGGAAGUGGGAUAAGAAAGCUGCCAGCCAAAAAAGCACAUUGCAUACACCCAUCUGCUGCACUGGGACUGCAGCCCUGGAACAACGAGGGAAAGCAGGAACAGGAUGGGGAAGCAGCCCUCUCCCUACCUUUCUACCACUGAAUUUCCUAUAACUCUUUCCACUGCCUUAAAUGAUCCCUGAGAACAGAAGGCCUUUUAUGGACUUGGCCAUACUCUGAGAAAGCAAACCCAGAAAGGUGGAAAAUUACUGCCCUCACCAUGACAGUUGACUAUGGCUUCAAUGCUGCUCUUUCGGCAUUGCACAGUCCCUCUUCUCCCAAGGGUCAGCCCCAUGUACACGACACUGUUUCAAGAGCUGGUAGGACAGUAAAAUUUGUUUUUCCUGGUUGUACUGUUUCGUUUUAGGUACAACUUCCUUUUACACUGUACCAUUUACCAAAAAGCCGUAAGUUGUUACAAAAACUGCUCAAACCCACAGAACUCAGAGGGGCUUACAGACAAGGAGAUUUUAAAUAAAUUAUUAAAUGAGAGUUAUUUUUCAUUGCUUUCUGAGUUGCUGGGUUUUUUUCCAGGGUGGUACAAAAGGCAUAAAUUAACAUUCUCUUUGAACUGAAGAACUGGGAACUUGUUUUUUCUUUCUAUUAAACAUUCAGAUCUUCUCCUAUCCAGAUCAUCCCAGAAUGUUUUCAAGUAUUACCAGAUACUACAAGUUAGUAACACAGCUUUUUAGUUAUUCUUGCAGUGAGUAGCACAAAUCUUGUACAUCAGGAUACACAAUUGCAGGAAAGGAGAGAAAAUUAUUUAGAAACCUUUUCACAAGUAUGGUGCCUUGCAAGGAAGAGCUGGAGGGUAUUCCCUGACAUAAGGAGGCUGGAACAACCGCUUAAUG